AAUUAUGGCUCGUCGUAAUGCUCGCAACCAACAGCCUUCUCCGCCCCCAUCUCCACCUCACCAGCAGGCUCCCAAUCCGGCUGGGGCUCAUCUCAACAUUGUGAUUCAGUUUCGCCAGUUGACCCCACCGACUUUCAACGGAACCGAAGGGCCCGAAGCAGUUGCGGAGUGGAUCCGUCAGUUAGAGCAGAAUCUCGAUUUGCUCCAGUGCACAGACGCCCAGAAGGUCGUCUGUGGCCGCUACAUGCUGAAGGGCGAUGCCGCCCUAUGGUGGUCCGGCUAUUGGAGGUUGAGGCAGGCAGAGUUUAAUGCCCUGACUUGGGACCGCAUGAAGGAGGUGAUCAUGGAGAAGUAUUAUCCUCAGAGUUAUCGCAUGAGGAUGGAGCGUGCUUUCUGGGAUCUUACUCAAGGGACUGGUACCGUUGAGGAGUACGAGCGGGAGUUCACCCGCAUGAGCGCCUUUGCUCCACACAUGGUGGACACUGACCUGAAGAAGGCCCACAAGUUCCGAGAUGGACUAAACCAAACUCUCCGUAUGCAUGUUGCCAGCCAGGGAAAUCUUUCCUUUGAUGAGACUAUUAUUCGAGCCACCCAGCUUGAGAGUUAUCAGACUCUCGAUGCUUCUGUCCCUUCUGCUCAGCUGGUUCAGCCUAUUUCUUCUGCGCCGCCCGGCUCUAGUUCAGGCAAGAGAAAGUUUGAUUCCCGCCGGGAUAACCGGAAGGGAAAGCGUGGAGCACCAGACCGCCGUGACGCUCCACCAGUCACUCAGGGUCAGAACCCGAGAUGCCCAAAAUUCGGCCGCUAUCACCCAGGAGAUUGUCGUUAUGUCCAGAAGGUCUGCUUCAACUGCAUGAAGCCCGGACAUUUCUUCAGCAACUGCCCCGAGCCCCCGAGACAACAGCCGUACCAGCAGCCUCAUCAGCAACAGCAUCUUCCCCCUCCACCUUACCAGCAGCAGCAGCACAAGCAGCCCCCACCACACCAGCAGAGGGCUGGGGGUCAGGCCCGAGUCUAUACCCUUGCUCAUGACGAGGCAGCCAACAACGCAGGUACCAUGUCUGGCAUGAUUUCUUUAUCCAAUGUGCCUAUCUUUGCGUUAUGUGACACUGGAGCUACUCAUUCCUUUAUCUCCUCUCGAUGCUUGGAUGCCCUUUCUAUUGAUAAUUUGUGCAACUGUGACCCUCUCGAGGUUAGUCUAGCCUCGGGAAAGAUUAUUAUUUCCAAUUCUAUGAUUUACCGUCUUCCAGUCAGUAUUGGUGGGCGUGUUUUGGAGGCCGAUUGCUAUGUUAUUGAAAUGCGGGACUUUGAUGUAAUCUUGGGCAUGGACUGGCUCACUCGCUAUCGAGCUGACAUCCGGUGCCAAGAGCGCGAAGUCACCCUCUUUCCCGAAUCCAAUCAACCAGUUAUUUUCUAUGGGGUGAAGUCGAGGACU